UAUGAAAUCUAAAUGCGAUUCGGAAUCAAAUUGUUAAUAAAAUAGAUUGAACUUAAUCUCAUUAGAAAUUAAAUAAAAUUUCUUAUUUCCAUAUAUUUAUGAAACAGAUGCAGAAAUAGAUUUCACUAAUACAUAUGUUGUCUUUCCUCCAAACUUAUAUCUCUAAUUAAUAAAAUAAUUUUUAUGUUAAGGACUUUUCUGUCCUUAAAGAAAUGAUAUAGAUGGAUUAACAUGUUAUGAUAAUGAUUAUAAUAAUAUAGAUAAGUUUUAUGAAAAGUUUCCUAAGAUAAGCUUUUUAUUUAAUGAAAGUUCAGACUUUAUUUGGUAUCCAUAAGAUUAUUUAGUUACACAUGAUAAUAAGACUUAUUGUUUUCCUGUAAAAAGAGGAAGUAAUUUUAUUUAUCAUUUUAAAAAGUUGGACAAACUAUCCUAGGCUAACCAUUUAUGAGAAAUAAAGAGUUUAUUUUUGGAAAAGAGAAACUAAUUGUCAAUUAUUAAAAUUGUUCUUUAGAAACUAGUCUUGAUGCUCCUACGAUAUCGAUAUCGAAAUCGUUGAUAACAAAGAAGGAAAUCCCAAAAUAUCUUACAGGAAUGUUAUUGUUCAUCUCUACAUUCAUCAUUUAUUACAUUUUAUUUAAGAUUAAUUAAAGGAAAACAAAUUAAUAAUUGAUUAAUCCACAUAUUCAAUGAUUAUUUUAUUAUUUUCUAUUGCAAGUUCUUAAUUAAUAUUUGAUCUCAAAAAAACUCAAUCUCAGGCAGAGUAUUAUAUUGAGUUAGAAAUUGGUACUCCAUAAAUUCAAUAUUAACUCAUUGUCGACACAGGUGCUCCUUUAACUUCAUUAAUGUGCAAUAAUGUAAUAAUUUUAAUUUAAAUAUAGAUAUCAAUGACUUUGAAAAAAUGUGAUGAAGUAAAAGACUUAUAAUGUCAAAAUUUAUUGACUACUUAUGAUGGAGAAUCGACUAGAACAAUUUAUGCAUAAGAUAUAAUUAAGAUUGGAGAAAAUAAUAUUAAAUUUGAUUUUUAAUGCAUUUUAGAUAGUGGAUCUUAAAUUUUAGGAAUGGGAAAUUAAAACAAAUUUAUUGAUGUCUUAUAUAAUGAAUUUUAAUUUAAAAGUGAACAUAAGAUAUUUUCAAUAUUAUUAACAAAUGAAAAUGGCAAACUAACAAUUGGUCAAGAUUAUCCAAACUAUGAUGAAAUUACUAUACCUUUUGAUAAGCAGUCUGAAUAUUAUUAAGUAGAUUUAGCAACUGUCACAGUAAAUUUAUCAAUAAUUAUAGGAUGAUGAAAACAAUGUAGUUUUUUAACCAAAUUAAUCUGAAAACUAUGAGAUUAUUGUAGAUACAGGAAGCACAUUAAUUAAUAUGGAUUCAGAAACACUAUAAUCUUUUCAAAAAUCAUUUGCUAAAUGUUAAUAAGAUAUUAGAGGUUGUCCUUAAGAACUUAACUAUUAUGGAUUUUAAUGUUAUUAUUAUGAUAGAAUUCGUUAUGGGUAUAUUUCCAAUUUUUAUGAAACAUUUCCUGAGUUUAGUUUCAAUUUUUAAAAUGGAUAUCAAUAUAAAUUGAAUGCAAAAGAUUAUUUACUUAAUCUUUAAUAAGAUUAAUAUUGUUUACCUUUUAAUGAUUAUACAAGGAAUUAUGAACCUAAAUUUAAAAAAACUAUUUUGUUAGGCCAACCUUUUAUGAAAAAUAAAGAAUUCUAUUUUGAUUUGACUGAUUCUAAAAUUUUCAUUAAAAAUCCAGAAGCAAAAUAAAAUACCUUAUAAAUUAGAAAUUUAUCAGAUAUAGUAUAGAACUACUAUAUAUAUGUUGAAAUAGGCUUGCUUAUUGGGAUUUGUUUAUUCUACAGAAAGUAUUCAGUUCAGAUUAGAGGAAUGUUAAGACCUGCAAGAACAAACUAAGGACUUAAUCCUUAUGCUUGA